GUAUCAACCCCAAGGGAGUGAUACGUUUCCUUUUUACAGCAGAAUCCGGCCCAUGUCUUUUGUGGUUUCCUUCAUAUCUUUGGGGUAGUUAUGACUUCUCAGUUUUCCACCCUUAAACUAGAGUCCCUGUUCUCUUUUCCCGACCUGCUAUCAGGUAUGAGUGUUCUGAAUGCACACUGCUCAUGUAUCAGACUUACAUUACUGUCAUUAACGUGAAAAGAAUUACAGCCUUGUGCCCCAUGACCUCAUUCUGUUUGCAGCUCAGUUGUCUAGUGUGUCAUUCACAAAUGCCUAAAGCCUGUUUAUCCCAGGUAUAAGCCUCAGAAUUAAGAACUAGUCAAUAAAUCAAGAGCAGUAUAAAAUUAACUGUAUCUAGCAAAGCAGCCAUUGUGACUCAUUUUCAUUUUGAAAGAAAUAAUUCUUUAAAAAUGUAGACCCACAUCUAAUCCUUUUUUUGUGCUUUUUUUACAGACAGUGUCAAUCACUUUAUUAUAAUAGGAUGACUUCUGCGUACUCGCCUCCAGUGGCUCUCUUUUAAAGGUGUACAUCCACUUCCAGCUGUUUUCAGACUAAAGUAGCCUCUAAACCAGAUUACUUAGCACUUCAAAUUAUAUAUUAAAAUCUUGUUUUAAGAUAAAUACAGAGAUAAACUACACACACAACAAAAAUUCAUGGUGUUUCCUUGGCAUAAGUACUUGGCAUAUUUGAAGCCUACUUGAUAUAAACUAGGUAAUUUCUUUAUUCUGAUAGACUGAGAAGCGUCUUUUUGUUUGUUUUUUAAUUGGGUCUCCUGAGUAAAAUAUAUGUUCUGAAAAUUAGAAUUAAUGCCCAAGUCUCAACUUUCUGUUUAUGGUGGUGACGGGAGGUAGUGAGAAAAGUAGACCUGAUGUCAGGAUGGCAGAAGGCAGGUAGGAAGUGAGACGGUUUUUUAUUGAGGUGAAGCCCUGAGUUCACUGUUAUUUUCUCUGAUCUGAAGUAUAGUUUCUUUUCAUAUUAAAUAAAAUAGUGUAAAGGUCUGUUUUAAAUUAUUGGUAGACUCUACAGAUUAAACUCGUUCAGUGCCUAGUUUUGAUGCUUUCAAGAGAAUUAUAUGUCCUUUGACCACUUAGAUAUGCCACAGUAAAUACAUAAAGCAAUUAUUUUAAAUCAGUCUAUUUUUGUAACAUUUCUGUUUGUCAGCUACCCUUCUUCCUUUCUUACACUAUUAAAUUAGCUUUACUGCAACAUUCAUGAGUAGCCGAGUAGAGAAAACAGGCCUGAGUCAGAUAAGAGUUCAAACCCACUAACUGCUAUAAACAGGCAAGGUGUUUAACCCUCUCAGAGCCUCAGUUUACUCAUUAGUAAAAUGUAGGAAAUAAAACUUAUGAAGGUUGGAGUAUUGAAUUAGGUAACUUGUAAAGCACCUCACACAGUACCAGGCAGAUAAUAGACAUUCAAUAAAUACUAGCUAUGUGAAUGAAGAACAUUGCCUGCCAUAUCAGUAAACAAAGGAUGUUGCAGCCAUCAAGCCGUCACGUUACAGCCACCCUGACAGUGCACCCUGAGGAGACUCAGGAUGAGAAGCACAGGAUACUGCCCCCAGAUAGCUGAAGUCAUAUCAAAGGAAUGAUUUCAGUGAGCCCAAACUUGCAUCUCCCCAUACUUAGAAAACUGCAGAAUUCCUUAACUCGAGACACCUGGUUUUCUUUAAUUAAUGGUAAUCUUUUGAUGUUCCGAAUACCUGGUCCUUAUUGCAAAAACCUCUGUAUAUCCUGGCUCUCCCCCUUGCCUCUUCGGAGCAGUCUCUCAGAGUUAUCUGAGAUGCUGUGUCCCGAGCUUAAGUCCUCAGUUUUGUCCACUAAAUAAAACAUAACUCUCGACUUUUAGAUUGUGCUUUUUUUUUUUUUCAGUUGACAGCUAUUACCAGAUGGCCAGAACAAAUUUGAUGAUACAGCAGAUGCUUGUGUGCUGUACUGUUUAAAAACCAGCUGGAAAGGACUUCAGAGUAUCUCUAAGGAGAUGAUGAAGAGCCUGGCUAAGAGGAGGAAAGGGAGGAAGAGGGCCCUCGCCUAAGGAAUCCAUUGGCAGAAGCCCGGGAGGAAGCAUAGACCCUUGCUCCCUGACGUCCCCGGGAGCCAGGAUGGGGCAGCAGUUCAGCGGGGAGGAGGCAAAGGAGAACGGCGUGCUGGACGUGGCGGAGCUGCAGGAGUGGUACAGGAAGUUCCUGGAGGAGUGCCCCAGCGGCACGCUCUUCCUGCACGAGUUUAAGCGCUUCUUCAAGGUCACGGGCAACGAGGAGGCCUCCCAGUAUGUAGAGGGCAUGUUCCGAGCUUUCGACAAGAACGGGGAUGACACCAUCGACUUCCUGGAGUAUGUGGCAGCCCUGAACCUUGUGCUGAGGGGCACCCUGGAGCACAAGCUGAAGUGGACCUUCAAGAUCUAUGACAAGGACCGCAAUGGCUUCCUUGACCGCCUGGAGCUGCUGGACAUCGUGGAGUCCAUCUACAAGCUGAAGAAAGCCUGCAGGGUGGAGAUGGAGGCUGAGUGGCAAGGCAAGCUGCUCACACCUGAGGAGGUCGUGGACAGGAUCUUCCUUCUGGUGGAUGAGAACGGAGAUGGCCAGCUGUCCCUGAAUGAGUUCAUUGAAGGUGCCCGUCGUGACAAGUGGGUGAUGAAGAUGCUGCAGAUGGACGUGAAUCCCGGUAGCUGGAUCUCUCAGCAGAGGCGGAAAAGUGCCGUGUUCUGAGGGCUCCAGCGUCCUGGGAGCCCCUCCAAGACCCCAGGCUCACCAGGUUGCCCCAGGCAUUGAGCUCCACCUUCCCUCCAUGUCUGUGCUCAGGCUGGCGGUCCCCGGCUGACUUCCCAGUCUGAAGUGGUUCACGUGAUGGACAGGACGGUGUGAGCGAAACACAUCCUCUCCUCCCCACCCAGGGGGCUCUCUGCAAGCUGGGGAUUUACCCCCCUUUCCGCUUGUUUGCUCUUUCCCACCCCUGGAUUUUUUUUUACUCCCUGAACUUCCCCCACACCCCACUGAAGCGAAGACUCAAAGUUCAGAAGGAAAGAGCAUCUUUGAAAAAAUGGUCAUAACUGUUCCAGCCUAUGUCUCUCCCCAGGUUCUUGGACAGGUGUUCCUAAAGUUGGGGUGUGCAAAGAAUGGGGAUAGAGCCCACCUAUAACAGAUUGUUCCAAUUCCCAACUGGCUGUCAGGUGUCACUGCAGCAAGAGGGAUUUAGGCUAGAUCAGGGAUGGUCAGGACACUUGCCAUAAACAAUUGAGUCAUAAUCCUGUGGGGAACCAUGUGGCCCCAUGUGCCACCGAGGGGCCAGCAGGGGA